ACUUCAACUCGCUCCUUCUCCAGCACCACCCAAGAAGUAGGGUCCCACUCUCUCAGUGCCAUUCUCUGAACCCUAACUGAUGCUCUUAAAUUCUCUUCACUGUUUCCCAAAUUGAACUUCGCAGUACUAUCUAUUAUGUCAUCGGAAGAAAUUGGUCUUGCUCCAAAUCAGAGGAUUGAUAAUGGUCUUAAUUCACCCCUAGUUUUCCAAGACGAGCCCUUGCGUUACAGUAGCGGUGCCCCACAACGUCGGGUUGGGGACCCAGGUUCGAAAACGAGGGAGCUGGCCGGUUUCAUUGAUGAAAAGAUUUUCGCCGUGGAUCGUGACCGUUUUUUCGCGGCUCCGGCAUUGGAGUUUCGUCGUAAUGUUUACGGGGAUUGCGCGGACCAUCGGAACCCACCGGACGCCCGGAAUUGGAAUGGGAACGGGAGCACUGCAACUCCGAGCGGCGAUGAAUCGGACGGCGAGGAUGAUGAAGACGAUGAGGAAGAGGACGACGACGAUGUUGUUGAGGGUGGCGCUGAAGUACAAAGACUAGUUGGUGUUAACGAUGCAAGCAAAGGGAAUUCCAAUUCUAAUUCAAUUAACGAUAUUAGCAAUAACAGCAUAAGUGGUGGUAACCUGGCUAGUGCUGCAGAUGGAAUAUCGAACGGAAAAGCUCAACACCAUUCGUCCUACGGAUCCAGGAGAGAGGUAUUGGGGAAGGAUGGAGAAAUUGGGCAGACGCCGAAUAAUUCAAGGGGUAACGACGAAGAUCAUCAGCAAGAAAGGUUAGAUAAAUCGCAGAGUGCGGUCACGAUUGCCGAAACUGAUUGUGAGGAGUAUUAUUCGCACUAUCUUCAAGGCACGGAGGGCUCAGCUUCAGUGCACAAACCUAUAGGAGGGGAAAAUGGUUGUGGAUUUAGCGGAAGAAAGGAAGUUAUCUAUUCAAGCGAGUCAGUCGAGUCAUUGAGGGCAGUGCUUUCAGAUCCUAUAACGGGUGCUCUUAUGGAUGAUGCAAUGAUAUUGCCUUGCGGACAUUCCUUUGGCGGAGGAGGAAUACAGCAUGUUAUUAGAAUGAAAGCUUGUUGCACUUGUUCCCAACCCAUAUCUGAAGAAUCAAUAUCUCCAAAUCUAUCACUUAGGGUUGCUGUGCAGGCAUACCAUCGGGAAGAGGAGUCACAGUUUUACCGAUCAUCCAAAAGAAGAAAAGAAAGAUUUGAUCAGGGUGGUUAUGGUGAUUCAACAGUUAUGGAACAACCAAGAGGAAGAGGUGUUCAAUUUCCGUUUGCUGUGAUGGAUCGGGUUAUUAUAAAGGGGAACAAGAGGACCCCGCAGCGUUUUGUUGGACGGGAAGCUAUUGUAACAACACAAUGCCUGAAUGGAUGGUACGUGGUAAAGACAUUGGACAAUGCAGAGAGUGUUAAAUUGCAGUAUCGCUCGCUUGCUAAGGUUUCAGAUCUCCGGCAAGGUGGGACAUGACGGUUUUUCCUCUUAAAUUUGCUCACUCUCAUAUUACUUGCAAGAAAAUGUGCUGACAAACUUUGUUAACAUAGAAGCGUCGUUAGAGAUUGUAUGAUUUGUAUCUAUGUAUUGAUCUUCAUACAGUUCUAAUUUUACGUCAACGGCUAUAAAGUUGUCAGAUUAUGUUAGAGGAAAUUGCAAGUCUCUCUCAGUAUUGACUUUAAUUGGAUUAGAUAUGGGCUAUGGAUAUGGGCAUUGUGCGAAGUCUAAUGUGCGUUACAUUACGUUAUAUACGGCUCGU